AAAAAAACAAAGCUUUUCGGCAAGAUUUCUUUUAUGUUAACACAAAAUUCUCAUACAAACCCUUGUGCGGCUGAUGAUUCUAAAUCACAUCCUAAACCCAAUUCCCCCAAAUUCUAGGUCUUAAUUUCUUAUGAAAUCUUGAGUGCCUCUUUUUUCGAUUAUACCAAAUGUUUACGCCAGAUCAUAGAAUUAGGCGCUCUACAUUAACAAUAACGCCACGGUCCGAUCUGCAAAAGAUUGGGAACACAACCAGCCACGUUUCCGGGAAGGGGAAGGCGGUGGCGUUUAUUGAUGGUCCGCCAUCGCCACCGCCGCCACCACUUGGGUUGUUGGAUGAGAAAGAGGUGAAUGCUGCGGCGGAGGGUGGGGAUUUGGAUGACUGGAGAAGGUUUAAGGAUGCGGGGUUGUUGGAUGAGGCUACUAUGAAGAGAAAAGACCGUGAGGCAUUGCUUGAGAAGACUGCUACACUUGAAAAAGAGCUUUUCAAUCAUCAGUAUAAUAUGGGGCUUUUAUUGAUCGAGAAUAAGGAUUUGUCUGCAAAUGUUGAAGAACUUAAAGAAGCACUAUCAGAGAUACAGGAGAUUAAUAAACGCGAGGAGGUUGCUCGUUUCAUGGCUGUAUCUGAAACUGAGAAGCGUGUGGAAAACUUGGAGAAAGCUUUAGAUAUGGAGAAGCAUUGUCGGGUUGAUCUCGAGAAGGCUUUGUGUGAAAUUGGGGAAGAAAAUAAACAAAUUAAACUUAGUUCUCAGACCAAGUUGGCUGAUGCAAAUAACUUAGUUUUUGGGAUCAGGGAUAAAUCCAGAGAGGUUGAUAAAAAGAUGCAAGAAGCUGAUGCAAGGCUCGCUGCUGCAAAUGAAAGGAGUUUAGAGAUCGACAAAGAAUUACAAAAGGUCGAGACUCGUGAAACCAUGCUCCAGAGUGAGCGCCUAUUGUUUGUUGAAGAGCAGAAAGGAUGGGAGGUUAAGUCUUUGAAACAGAAAGAAGAUUUGCAGGAAUGGGAAAGAAAAUUGCACCAAGGGGAAGAGAGAUUAUGCGAAAGUCGAAGAAUUAUCAAUCAAAGAGAGGAAAAGGUCAAUGAAAUUGAGACGACCCUCAAACAGAAGGAAAAGGAAUUCAAAGAAGCAUAUAAUGAUAUAGAUUUGAGGAUUUCGGAAUCGAAGAAAAAAGUGGAUGAUGUAAACGAUAGAUUAGCAAAAUUAAUUGCAAAAGAGAUGGAAGCAGAGUCUAAAAGACGGAAGCUUGAGAUGAAGGAAAAGGAACUUGUUAGUUUGACCGAGAAACUGAAUGUGAAAGAAAGAGUGGAGAUUCAGAAGCUUCUAGAUGCCCACAAAGAUUCCUUAUAUUCUAAACAGCAGGAGUUUGACUUAGAAAUGGAAAAAAAGAGGAAUACUAUCGAGGAGGACAUGAGAAGCAAGGUAGAAGCUCUUGAGCGGAAAGAAGCUGAAAUCAAGCAUAGGGAGGAAAAACUGAGAAAGCUAGAACAAGCUUCGGAAAAGAAGACAGAAAGAUUCAAAGAGAAAGAGAAAAGCCUUGACACCAAGUUAAAAGCAGUGAGAGAGAAGGAGAAAUCCAUUAAAGCCGAAGCAAAACAAAAGGAGUUGGACCAAAAACAGAUACUUGUAGACAAAGAGAUUCUACAAGUUAUAAAAGACGAUUUUACAAAAGUCAAAGCUGAAAUUACCGAAAAGGAGCUAAAGUUACAUGCAGACUUAGAGAAACAUAGAAUUACAGAAGAUGAAAGAACAAAACAUGCCCGUUUGCAAUCAAAAUUGAAAGAGGAGAUAAAUAAAUGCGGACUUCAUAGAGAGUCGCUCGACAAGGAAGUUGACUGCUUAAGGAAGGAUAGAAUGAAGUUUGAGGAAGAAUGGGAGACAUUGAAUGAGAAGAAAACGGCUAUAAACAAAGAACUAAGGGAACUUGGUGAACAAAAAGAAACUAUAGAAAAAUUCCGUAAAUCAGAAGAAGAAAGAUUGGAAAAAGAUAAACUUGCGACAAAAGAUUACAUUAAAAGGGAGCUGGAAGUUGUCAAAGUGGAAAAAGAAACAUUUGCUGCUACAGUGAAGCAGGAGCAGUCACUUUUAACCGAAAAGGCUGAAAACGAACGGAGAAAAUUAGUUCAUGAACUUGAGCUAAAGCAAAGAGCUCUUGAAGUUAAUCUGCAGAACAGGCGUGCGGAAGUGGAGAAACAACUUCAGGUGAGGGAGAAAGCAUUUGAGGAGGAGCGCAAGAAAGAACUUAAUAAUAUCAGUUUCUUGAAGGAAGUUAUCAGGAAGGAAAUGGAAGAAAUGGAGCAAGAAAAACGUAGAAUAGAUAAAGAAAAAGAGGAGGUUUCCGUGACUAAGAAGCAGUUAGAAGGAAACCGAUGUGAGAUGCACAAAGACAUCAGUGAGCUUUGUCUUCUUAGCAAGAAGAUAAAGAAUCAAAGGGAAGAAUUAGGAAAGGAGAGAAAUAUUUUUCUUGCACUUGUUGACGGGCUCAAGAAUUGUGGGAAUUGUGGGGAGCUGACUAGAACUUACGAGUUAUCUGAUCUGCAAAUGCUAGAGGGAAGGGAUGAUUCUCCUCUUUCGAGAACAGUAGACGAAAUCAUUGAAAAAUCGGAGAGUUUUAUUGCCGUUUCUCAUGAAACCAAUGAGUUAACUUCUCUUGGAAACAUUAAAUCUCCUAAUUCUGGAGGUCUCGUAUCUUGGUUCAAGAAGGGUGUGAUGAUUUUUAAGUCAUCCCCUCACCGGAAAAUGGAUGGGCUUCCUCUACAUGGCAGAAUGCAUGAUUUAAAGGGAGAAAUUGAAGGGUCAAAUGUGCCAACUGGUAUUAAUGUAAAGGGCCAAAAUGCAAAUGAUUCAAAUGACGUUCAACUGCAUACACCAGAAAACAUAAAUAGGGAGGUUGAAGCUCCAGAAGAUUCACAGCAAUCAGAGCUGAGAAGUGGGAGGCGAAAACCUGUAAGAAAAGCCAAAGUUGCUGGAGCUCGUAAACGACACACUGUUAAGGCAUCGGUUGAAGAUUCCUUGAAGACUUCUGAAGCAGAAAGUCUCGAUGAUGAAAAGGGAGGUGGGACCUCUAUGAGGAAACGUUCCCAUGCCCAAGCUUCUUUGGUCAGUGGAAGUGACAUGGAAGCUAGUGAGAGUGAGGCAUGUUCCGAAAGCGUUACGACAGGUGGGCGCAGGAAGAGGCGGCAAACAGCAGUACAAACUCCUGGAGAAAAACGAUAUAAUCUCAGAGGGCACAAGACUGUAGAAGUCAUCCCUCCAACUCAAGCUUCUGUGGAUAUCAUGAAUGGGAAUGAAGUUAAUGGAUCUAGAACUAGCGGUGCAAGCAAAGUAAUACAAAAUCUUGAAAUUGCUUCUGGUCCAAGCACAGAAGUCGCUACUGAAGAUGGCAAUGCAAAGCCAUUGAUGCUUGUUACACCCAAAAGAGUCGACACCCUUGAAUCCGAUAAGUUGCCAGGUGAUGCCAUAUUGGAGGAAAAUAUAGAAAUGAGUGAUGAUGUUAAUGGCACCAAUGAGUAUAGUGGUGAUGGUGGUGGUGACGGUGACGAUGACGGUGGUGGUGAUGAUAAUGAUGAUGGUGAUAAUGCUUCAGAGCAACAUCCUGGUGAAAUUUCGAUUGGGAAGAAAUUAUGGACUUUCUUCUCGACAUGAAAUCACUGCUAUAUAUGCUCAUUAUUUUCUAACACCAUGUAUAUUCGAUUUAGAUAAAAAAAAGAGGUUUGAUUCUUAUCUGUUCAUGCUGCUCGAUUGUUUGUGUAUAGUUG